AUGAAUAGAAUAUCAGAAACAAAAAUUAAGUAUAGAUUCUAGGAUUUCGGAAGAAAAUAUUAUUAUGAGAAUAUUCUAAUUUUUCGCUAAAAAUGUAAAAUAGAUAAUUAAGUUUAAUAGUUAAAUAAUUAACUAAAACAGAUAAAAAUAAUAUUAAUGACAGGAAUAAAUUUAGCUUCACCAAAAAACAUAAUAUUAAAAAGCACAUCAUAUUUAAUUUUUAUAAAUGAGCUGCGUAGCAAAAAGUUAGGUGAAAUUUUGAAGUUAUCAGACACUCUUUAUUUAAAAUACUAAGAGCUACAUCAAUCAAGUCUGAUUUAAUUUUUUAAUUUAUGUUUUGCAAAAAAAAAGAAGAUUAGUAUUUUCUCUAAAUUUUAGACAUCAAAUCAAUAUAAAUAGCAUAAAAAUACUUAAAUUCAAUUAAUUUUUUAAAAAUUUUAUAGCAUGAAAAAAGAAAAUUCAAGCAAUAUUCGAGCUAUGGAAGUUGAAAAAAUAAACGCCUUCCAACAAUCAAUAAGCUCUUAAGCUAUCAUUGAGAAUCUUAAAUCUCAAGAGAUCAGAGAGAGUCUUUAACAAUAGGCUAAACCACUUGACUAUAUUUUUUAGAAUCCAGUCUAAUACUCAGUAUUAGAAGAAGCUAUUUAAUAUUUUUAGAUGCAUAUGAGGGAAAAUCACAUUUUCCCUUCCUAGGACGAAUACAAAAGAUUUCAAGAUAAACUCGUUAAAGUUAUUGGUAGUAGACCUGACUUUAAAGAGAAAUACUAAUUUGAAUAAUCUAUAAGAGAUUGCAUAUCUGUUUUCAUCAUGGAAUAUCAACUCAUGUAGAACUAUCAAAAUUUUUUAAGCAGAAAAAGUAAUUACUUCUAAGAAAAAUACAAUCUGUAAAUUUAAAGUCACAACUGCUGCUUUUAAAAUGAUGCUUUAGACUUGAAUGUACUCGAUUUUGAAUAAUAUAGUUAAAGAAUUUCCAUUCUUCCCUUUCUCAAAGACACAUAUGACUAAGCAGUGUCUUAGUUAAAAAACUUGCUAAAUUUGCCUUAGUUUCUUAACAAGUAAAUACUAAAAGACAGUCGCGGAAAUGUUUUGUAACCAAAAAAUUUACCAAAAGAAAUCUUAGAAAAUUAUACUUAUUCUGGCUACAUAGGAUAAGGAGGCUACUCAUAAGUUUAUAAAUUUAUUGAUAACUAAACUAACUAACCUGUAGCUAUAAAAUUUGUAAAUUUGUUUCACAAUGAGCAAGACACAAAAAGAGUGCUAAGAGAAUUAUACAUUUAAAGGCACCUUUCGCAUCCUAAUGUUAUGAAAAUUUAGAAUAUUUAUUACAAUAAAGAACUACACAAUUUUGAUAGAAUAUAUAUUGUUAUGGAGUACUAUCCUUUCUCAUUAUUUGAUAUUUUGUAUCAAUACUAAUAAAAUUUGACUUGGAGUCAUGAACUCGUAAGAAUAAUUUUUACUUAAAUUGUCAAUGGCUUGGCGUACAUUCACUCUAGAAAUAUAAUUCAUCGAGAUUUAAAGCCAUCUAACAUUUUAAUUGACCAAAAUCUAAAUGUAAAAAUUGCUGAUUUCACAUUAUCAAGACAAAAUACCACAGCAAACUUUUAAAAUAACCAGAGUAAAAAAAGAAGUACAAAACCUGCAUUUCAAGAGUAAAAAUCAUUAAAUAGUGGAUCAAGAUAUUAUAGAGCUCCUGAAAUUAUUUUGCUGAAUUCAAAUUAUGGAUUUUAAUCUGAUAUUUGGAGUCUCGGAUGCUUAUAUGCAGAAUUAUUAUAAAACUAUGAUAGGCAUAAUUCUUUACAAGGAAUAUUAUUUCCUGGCUAAACCUGCAAUCCUAUAACUCCUCCUUCCAAAAAUGAUUCAGAUUUUCUUAAAUAAGAUUAGCUCUUUCUUAUAAUUGAUAAGUUGGGGAGACCUAAAAAAGAAGACUGUAGCUUUAUAGAAAAGGCUAGUGCAGUUAAAUUUGUUAGAGGAUUCAAAUGCAAACCACUUUACCAUUUUACAUAACUUUAUUAUUCAACAGUUUAUCAAGAAUAAUUUAUCCUGUAAAGCACUCUUUAGUUUAGUCCUAAUCGCAGGAUUACUGCUGAGUAGCUUCUGAGUACUGAAUAUUUUAAAAUUUUUAACAGAGAGGAUUUAUUUUACUAUGAAGAAGAUCCAAUUUAUGUUGACUUUGAAAUAUAAUUUUUUAACAGUAUUGAUGAAUUUCCAUACAUAGCUAAUAAUAAUUAUCUUCCCUUUGAAGAAUUAAGAAAAUUAUUGAUCAGAGAGUUCAAUUUUUAUAAAUAAAUCGAUGGUUACAAUUUAUUCAUCCAUGAAUAAAUAAAAGAUUUAAUAUCAAAUAUAUAAUAACUAAACCAAAUUACUUCAAAAUAAGCUUGA